AUGAUUCGCCCCUUCGUCCUUCUCAACUCCAUCAGCGUUGCCUUGGCAGGUACUAUUCUUUGGGAUGGUCGCUUCAACGAUGUUGACUCCGUAGCGGCGAUUGGUGCCUGGUCGUGGUCAAACCAAGUCGGUCCUUACCAAUACUACAUCCAUGGCCCCAGUCCAAUCGAUUCUUAUGUCAACCUGGACGCAGCGAACAAGAACCCUGCCGAUACAGGUAGCACCAAAGGUGUCAAGCUCACUCUGGACGACACUUCUUUCUGGAACGGCCAGACCAUGAGACGAACAGAACUCAUUCCCCAGACCACCGCGGCUAUCAAUGCUGGAAAGGUCUUCUACCACUUCAGCAUGUCGCGAUCGUCCGUGAACCCCCCAAGCGAGGCCCACGAGCACCAAAUCGCUUUCUUCGAGAGCCACUUCGUCGAGAUGAAGAGUGGAUGGCAAAGCGGAGCCCCCGGCACCACUGAUUCUCUCCUGAGAUGGGUUGUCAGUGGUUCGACUGAGUGGAACGUGACCUGGGAAGCCGACGUGUGGCACAAUGUGGCCUACGCCAUUGACUUUGACGCGGGCUCUGUGGCAUUCUACCACUCUACAGGUGCCGAAGACUUGGUUCUUACCGUGCCAGCCGUCACCGUGCAGGCCAGGUCGGACGGCAAGGACUGGCAUUUGGGUAUGCUCGAGCUGCCCCGUGACGGUUACCCGUUCGCCGUCGAGGAUAUCUACUUCUCAGGUGUCUACGUCGAGUCUGGCGAGAUCACUCUCAGCGUUUCUGGACCAGGGGGGGCAGCCCCAGGUACCAGCCCCCCCACCCCAGCGACUCCAGCGACUCCAGCAGUAGCAAAGCCUGAUGUCGCCGUCACCGCGCCUGCCGUCACCGCGCCUGCCGUCGCCGAUAAGUCAACCAGCAAUCCCGCGAAAACUGUUGAAACGAAGGAGGAGGAGGAGGAGGAGGAGGAGAAAUGCGAGUAA